AAAAAAAAAAAAAAGAAAAACCCAACCAAAAACCAAACAAGAUGGUCCAACAACAACAGCAACAGCAACAGCAUCUAUCACUUCAAGAUAACAGUAACAGAGCUGGUCCAUCUAAUAAUAUCACAACCCCCGACAAGAAACCAUCAAAACAUCAACUCAAACUGAUCCAACACCCACACCAACAAGAACCACUCAAACAUCAACUCUCAUGGCCGGGCCCAGGAACUCCUACUAUCGUACUAGAUCAAGUCUUACUCCCACUCAGUCCGACAGAGGACCCAUUGAUACUCAAGGUCUCACCUCGUCAUCCAAACCAGUACUAUUCUGCAAGUCCAUCAUAUCGACACCAAACAGCCAAUCAAUCUCAACCCCCACCACGUCGAUCAAUCAUCAUCCCAUCCACAGCUACUCGGACAUCCGAUUCUGAGAACCAACACAACCCAUUAUUAGACCUCUCCAGAACCACCGAGCAUCCACCACCACGAACGAGAAACCGCUCCAUCGUCAGCCCAGCCACACCCCCCAAGCCAAGAAUAUGGGACGAUGAUAAUGCAUUUCACGCGUUUCAGGUGGAACACUCCAAGUUAGGCGUCGAUCUCACGAUCUCCUGUGACGAAUCACCCGCAGAGACGACCGACAGGAGACAAAACAAAAACAAGGAACGAAAGAAACACAAGAUCUCAAUGGGCCAUGUCGAGAUCGUGAUGAGCGAACUAGACAAGGCCAGAUUCAAGGCUCAACAUAAUCACAAUCGGCUGCAAGUUAGAUACUCAACAGAUGGUCUGCGCAAUAUGGAGAUCGAGGAAUCACGACGAACUGGAUCACCAUCAUCAACCCCGAGUCAUCCGGAUGGAAACCUCUCUCAUCAAGACAGCCAAAGAUCAUCUCCUUCCACCGGUCCGCAUCAACUUAGCCCAGUUCACGAGCCGAAUCACCGAGAAAACGCGUCACUGAACUCUGGGUCUGUUAGUUCACUCGAGCACUCCAGGUCGAGAUCUAGAUCACCUGUCUUCCGGCAUCAAUCUCACCUAUCUAUAUCUAGCUCAUCAGGCAAGGAAGAAGCAAACUCAUCAUCAACAAACGAGAGAGAACAGCAGCCCAAUAGAUCAUCCUCUGAGGCUCAUGAGCAGGAAGAUACCUCACCUUACAUACCAGCUGAGAACCGCUUAUCCAGCUCACCAAGGAGUGAAGAAGCAAGUUUACCGGAAGUGAACGAGACAGAACACGAGCCAAGAGGAUCAUCCUACGAAGCUGCUGCGGAGCCAAAAGAUGCCUCGAAUUAUCGCCCAUCUGAGAGCCGACGCGAAACUCCCUCUCCUCUGCAUGACCGUCGCCCCUACGCCGAGAACGACACGCUCAAGCCGUCUUCUGCUAUGUCCAGAAACGCCCUUUCUGAUAUACCUUCUCGACGUCUCACUAGUCGCAAAAGCCCCGGUGGAUUCAUUCGCGAGUCAGAAGAAUACCAACCCGACGCGUCUCCUAUCAACCAAGACGCGUUUCAUAUCGAUCAAGAGACGUCUCACACCAGCCAGAAGGAGUCCCCAGUUUCAGAAAACACAAUGGGCCGUGUACAUGAACCAGAACUGGCGCGUGAUCGGAUGUCACCGGAGUCGCCAGUGCCUCAGGUAUCUGGAAUGCCCGAGCAAGUCGUCGGUUCCGAUAGCGAUCAAGAAGGGCGCUCUAAUGAUGAGAUUGCAUCGCGCUUAUGCUCGGUUGAAAGUGGACAUGAUAAUCUACCUGGUCAUCAACGUGACUAUAGUGAGGAAGAGGAGGAAGAAGAUAGGCAGGGGUCAACGACUGAAGAAGACUCUGCUCGGUCGCCUAGUCCGACCCAUCCAUCUUCCCCAGUCAUCGACAUCAUCGACGAAAACAGUCAGGCCAAUCCGAUCCCGAUUUCCUCAUCCGUCUCUCCCUCUGUUGAUCUGCCAUCCUGCUCCCCUCAAAGUCCACACCAUCAACACUCACUAAAAUCAGCAAGCCUUGCUCCUUCGGACCGUUCAGGUCUCCAAUUGGAUCAAAGUGAGAAAGAGGUCGACGAUCGUUCACAAGAUCCUGAAAGCUCACGCAGAGACUCGCAGCAUGAUGAGAGCCAUUCUUCCGGAGGUUCAGAUCGGCAGUCGGAGCAGAGUCCAGAUGAAGACCCAGGCCGAUCACCGUCUCCGGAAAUCCAGCAUUCAUCUCAACCAAAUGAAGGCAGCGCCUCAGAGUCUCCAGUUCGGGACUCCUCUGAGGUUCUGCAAGAAAGCCAAGAUGUCGAUCACUCGGUUAGUCUUGAUGACCUCACUCUGUUCAAAGCGCAGGGCAAUUUAAAACAUUUUACCUCGACCCCCCGUGGAGUCUUACACCAUCCUGUACCCUUUCCAGCCGUUACCAACCCGACAACCGGUCGAGCACCUUCGAGCACUCCCAGACCAUCGACCUACCCGAUUGUCGAAAUCGCCUCCUCAGAUCCCAAAGUGGCUGCUAGAGCAGCUGCGAUCCUCAAAGUCCACCACGGCUUCAUUCCCAGGGGCUGUAAAGUCGAGAAUACCGGUUUGAUGGGUGAUGGUGACUUAGAGAGAGAGAUGGAGUUGAGCAUUCAAAGGGAAGAAGCUGAUCGAUCGCUCCGUCUUCAAGCCUCAUCUACUACUGCUUCCUCCGCUCCUCAUAACCUAUUGAGAACUGUUCAAACCAAGAAAAUGUUUGAUCAAUGUCGCCCAGAGCCUUCGCAAGAUUCGUUUCACCACCUCUUCACUGAAAAUGAACGACAACGAACACCUGAAUUGAAUCAUCACUCACGAGCUGGACCGAGGUCGCCCAGCUCAGUCGCGAGUACAACCCGACAAGAUAGUUUGAGACGGAAAGCGCAUCAUAACCACUGUAAGAGUUUGAAGGAAGAGCUGCAACAGCUUGACUAUCGGCCCGAUUUCCACUCGUGGAGCCAAGCCGAUUGGAAGAUCCUCGAGUUCUGCUUCAAGAGAAUCGAGCGCAAACAGCCCGCUGGACCAUCUUCCCAACCUAACAUUCAGCCAGAAGAAGUCGUCUUGAAGAUGCUCGAGGCUCUAGACCUUGCACCAUCCGAUUGUCAAUCUGAAUGGGAGUGGACCAAGAUGAUUUAUCGAGUGAUUGCGCUACAGAAACGAAGAUCGGCUGAUCCUUCGAGACGAAGUCGAUGCUCUUCCGCGACGACGUCAAUAUCGCAACGGCGGCCGGCCGAGCGGCCGAGCAGUAGUCAUAUUAGUAGUCUCCACCAGACGCGUACCUCGGGAUUUGCGUCACAGGCACUCGGUGGUGGUCCCGCCAGGUCAAGUUCUGUUAGUGAAGAAGACGACGAGGAGGAGGUCCGACGGGAAGACGGACGGGAAGUAUACCCAUCGCUGGAGCCAGUCCGUCGGGCGUUUUCUCGGAGUCGGACUACAACACCUCUUCCUCGUCGGGCCCACGACAGACACGAGGAGGAAGUCCAGCACCAGGGCUCUCAAAGCAGUCCAGCCACGGCCCCCUCUGGACAACAAACAAGGAUCCCUAAAGCGCCACCGAUCUCCGACCGCUUUCGUCGCCAAUCCCUCCGAAACACUCUAGCUUAUUGGAAAGCUAGAGGCCCUCGACGAGUAGGUAAAGGGAAGAUCUGGACGAUCGUCGCCGCUUUCGAGGCUCGUUUCGACAAACUUCUUGCCUCCCUCUCCCCGCCCCCUAACAUCCUCCAUUACCUACGUCAAACCGAUACCGAAGUAUCUUCCCGACCUAAUAAACGUGCACUCAAUCACUCGGAUAACGUGAUCAACCCCUCUUCCUCCUCUACUACUACUACUUCAACUACUACCCUCUUUCAUCCCUCGUUUGCUAAUGACUUUUAUUCUGAACACCCUGCUCCUCCUCCUCAUAAGUCACAUUCUUGGAAAAAACAACGCAAAACUUGAUUAUCUUUUCGAUCUCCCCUUUCAUUCUUGUCCAUCAUUCAAUUUUUUUUUGUUAUGUCUCUUACUUCUCCAUCUGUUGUUUAUCUUUAGAUGUGCUUUUCCUAAUCCUCAUCAUUGAAAAAACAAAAAUCUUGAAACUUGAGGAUCUCCUUUUUUUGUCUCCUCAUCAAUUUGUUGUUCAUCUUUAGAAUAAGCCGAUCUUCGAAAAUUCCCCUUUUUUUUCUUUAUAUCAUUCCUUUGGUUAUUGAUUUAUCUAUACAUGUUUGUCCUGUAAACUUCUGC